AUGGCCAAGGACAUCCUGGGUGCUGGCUUGCACUUUGAUGAGCUGAACAAGCUGCAGGUGUUGGACCCAGAGGUUACCCAGCAGACCAUAGAGCUCAAGGAAGAGAGCAAGGACUUAGUGGACAAAAUUGGCCAAUUUCAGAAAAUAGUUGGUGGUUUACUUGAGCUUGUUGACCAACUUGCAAAAGAAGCAGAAAAUGAGAAGAGGAAGGCCACUGGUGCUUGCAAUUUGCUCAAAUCUAUCAUAAAACAGAGAGAAGCCCAACAGAGGCAACUCCAAGCACUAAUAGCAGAAAAGAAAAUGCAGCUCGAAAGGUAUCGGGUUGAAUAUGAAGCUUUGUGUAAAGUAGAAGCAGAACAAAAUGAAUUUGUUGACCAAUUUAUUUUUCCGAAAUGA